CAUUUUCACAGUUCACAUUUGACAAAAAAUACAAAUGAUCGAUAAAUCUGGAAAUUGACCAAAGAUGAUAAAUAUUUAUUGUUCUAUUUAUAUGUAAGCCAUAUUGAAAAUAAGUCAACAUGAACAGGAAGAGGAAAACGCAUUUAUUUGAUUUAUAUUGGGAAGAUAUCAUAGUCGCCAAAAUUAUGCCCUUUCUUUCAAUUCAAGAAUGUUUUAUAUUUCGAUGUGUUUCCCGGACUUGUCUUCAAAUUGUGAAUAUGUAUUUCUCGAAACUGAAGUCACUCAAAUUGAUGAACAAAGGGUUCUCGCCUCAUACGUUCAAUGUGUUCGGUACCACUUGCACUAAGUUAAAACUACUCAAUUUAAGCAGAUGUAUGACGAUCACAGAUGCGGAGUUGAUACCGAUGUUACGACGUAAUACUGGGCUUAUUAACUUGAACCUUAGUCAAUGCAAUAACCUGAGUGCGAAAUGUCUCCAACCAGUGAUUUUAUAUUGUGAUAAUUUGCAAAUAUUAAAACUAGCACGAUGUUCUUGGCUUACGACUGGGGCGGUAGAAGCUUUAGCCCUCCAUCAGAGUAAAUUGGAGGAUGUAGAUUUAGCAUAUUGUGUUUCAAUUUCUGAGAGUUGUAUUCUGAUAUUCAUUAAGAAAUUUAGACAAAUAAAGACUUUAAACCUAGAGGGUAAUAAGCAAGUAACUGAUAAGUGUCUGUACACAAUGUCCAAGUAUAGUAAAUCAUUGAAACUCCUCAACUUGGGUGGAUGUUGUGACAUAACGGACAAGGGAGUGAGAGCAUUAGCACUCCACUUGCCGCAGCUAGAGGGUUUACUAGUGCGGGGCUGCACCAAAGUUACAGAGAACAGUCUCCGAUUAAUGAGAGACAGGGUCCAUCUGGAUCGGAGACCAGCACAGGCUGUGCCAUUACCUGUAUAUGUGCAAAUAUGAAUGGUUGUGCUAUUUCUAGUGAUUACGCUUAGUUUUAUGUAGGGUUCCUUUUAAUCCAAUGCUGUUAAUAACAUGGGUGUGAACCCAUUAUGGAUUAUUGUUUCGGUAAAUUUUUGCUUAUAUUAGAUAGAUAUUGUGGAAAGAAAUAAUGAAUGUGAACUACACAUUUGAAUAUUUCUGGACAUAUAAGAUUAUUGAAGGUAUGUCCUUAUUACCUACAUACCUUGUCCUAGAUAAAGAAAUUCUCACAUUAUACCUAGUUAUGGUUUGUUCUGUCUUUUUUUUUCUUAAAACAUUUUUUAAAUUUUGAUGAUAAACAUUUAUUUACUAUGCCACAUUAUGCAUUUACACAUUUACAUUUUCCUUUGAUAUCUAGAUGUGUUAUUAAAAUAUUAAAUUAUCAUUUUAUCCACAUCAAAAAUAGAAAGAUUAAUAAUUUGAGUAGAAAACUUUCUGAACCCUCCUAAAGUAUGUUUUAGCUGUUCUUUCAAAAAAAAUCACUGAAAAAAUUUCACAGAUGUCUUUAUUACUGUAUAAAUAUUUAAGGAACCCUUGCUACUAUAGUUAUGUGAGAUGAUACAUAAUAGUAUUGUGGAUAUAAUAGAAAUAUUUUCUGUACUUUAGUGUAUAUAAUUAUUUUUUUUUUAUUCUAUAAUAAUUUUUUUAACUCCUUUAAGGUGUUCAAAAUUAUAUUUUUAUCUACUAAGUAAUGUCAUUGUUUUUUUUAUUAUCACUAUUCUAAAAAAAAUAUUGUUUAAUAUAAUUUGUAAUCUAUUUAAUAUACAGAGUACACAAAAUUUUAGGCAGAUUAUUAUAGACUAUGAUUUGCCCUGGUAAUUUGUCCAUGGUACUUGUAUAGCUUAUAACUCUCAGGGAUCAUGUACAUGGUGUAAGAGUUUUUUAAAUUGGUGUAGUAGUUUUUGAGAUUAGUGUGUUCAAAUAAACAAUCUCUACAGCUUUAUAUAAUGAGUUAUAGAUUAAUUAAAUUUGUUUUAUACAUUUGAGUAAAUAAUAUGUUGUAUUUUAUAGUUUGUACGAAAAAAGAUAAUCAUCUUGCAAUAGAAUAAAAUAAUAAAAAUCCAUUAUACACAUUAUUACAUAUACACUUUAAUUUGUUCUUGAAACUUGGAAUUUUUUUUUUGCUAUUAAUAAUUUGAUUACAUACAUCAAAAUGCCAUCCUACAUAUAAAAAUAUAAAUGUCGAAACUUGUUAAUUUCUGUUGUGUUCUACUUGUUGAUUUUUAAAAACAAUAUUUUUUGUUUAAUAUUGAUUUUAUUUGUAGUUUUGCCGCCUGUUAGUUUUAAUGACGAUUUUAGCUUGGGAUCUCAAUUUUAUGUACAUAUUAUGAUGACAAUAUUUUUAUUAUAUUAUAUGAAA